GCUAGCACCUAGUUAGGGCUAAAAAAAAGCUUUGAAAAAGCUACAUUGUCAAUCAAAAGAAGGGCUGUGAUGUAUUGGCCAAAUCUUUGGAGAAAAUGGGGUACAAUGCUUGCACCCUUCAUGGUGGUAAAGGUCAAGAGCAAUGUGAAUUUGCCCUCUCCAAUUUGAAAGCUGGUGCCAAGGACAUUUUGGUGGCCACAGAUGUAGCCGGUCGUGGUAUUGACAUUAAGGAUUUGUCCAUGGUGGUGAAUUACGAUAUGGCUAAAAACAUAGAAGAUUACAUCCAUCGCAUUGGUCGAACAGGACGAGCUGGGAAAAGUGGCAUCACUAUUUCUUUUGUUACCAAAGAGGACUCUGCUGUCUUCUAUGACCUUAAGCAAGCUAUCCUUGAGAGUCUGGUGUCUUCAUGCCCCCCAGAACUGGCCAACCAUCCAGAUGCCCAACACAAACCAAGAACCAUCCUCACUAAGAAGCGUCGGGAGGAGCCUAUCUUUGCCUGAGUGUGUAGUUAUCCUACAAAGAGCCCUCUCCCCCCACCCCACCCCCUUGUAUUAUAAUCAAGGGUCACUAUUUGACCACCAUUU